AUGACGGCCUUUGACACCAUCAAGUCGCUUGCCAUCUUCUUCGCUCCAAUCCUCAUUCCUCGCGCCAUUUCCCUCGUUCAGUCCACCCGCCGCGCCAUCGCCCAACAGCGCCAUGUGCCCCGGCAGCCGCUCACGCCGCAGGCCUCGCGCGCGCUCAAUAUCCUCUUCUUCUCAACCGCUCUCUUUCUCCUGCUCAGUCUCCCGAUGAACCCCUAUGCUCCGACAUCCAACGUCUUUAGUACCACCUCGUCACGCUUCUCCAUCCCCACGGACUUGCUCUUCACGCGCAUCUCUCGUACACGCCCCCUGACCCCAAUCGAUAGCUUACUCCGCACGCACUUUACCUCGCCACAGGCCCGAAAGACAUAUCUCCGCUUCGGCCCUGAGACGCUGCUCUCCUGUGCCUUCUGUGGCCCAGAUAGUCCUAACUCGUACCUCAUUUACCAUAUCCCAUUCAACAUACUCCUCCCGCACCUAUUUCACCUCUUUGUCAUUGGAAUUGCGACAUCCGCGCCACUAGUGGGUCCAGAAGCAGCGCGAUGGAGAAAACAUUUCCUCUGGGCAGCGUUCAUCUUGCUAUUUGCAGACCUGGGCGUGGUGGCCUCAUACGACCCGUACACUAAAAAUGCGCUGAACACAGCCAUCGUCCCAUGGAGCUUGUACACGCUCCUAUACACCGUGCGCACGCUAGCUUUCACGAUUUUCGACGCCUGGUGCGCCUCAUUAAUUUACUUGUCAGCCACAAAUCGCUUCUUCUUUGGCGCCAUGGCGCCCACGGUGUCAGCGGAUCAGCAAGUCGAUCAAUUUGUAGAAUUGAUGGGCUCGAAUUUGACGAGUGCGAUGGGGAAAUUACAUGCGUUGGGCCUACUAAAGAAUACGGUUAUGCAUGACGCCGUUUUAAAACAACGGGAGGACGCCGUGUGGGCGGACAUUGUCAGGAGGACCGGUGGGAUAGUAGGCAGCGAUGGGACGAGCGUUUUCGACGAUGAAGAGGUAGUCCAGGCAAUUUCCAGAGCUUUAGCGAAACGAGCGCAGGAAGCUGGUGAUCGUUCGAACGAGGCUGAUAUCAUGAAAGAAGCCUUAAAAGAAGCCUCCAACUUUGUAGAGGGAGCCACAGCUGGACUGGAACUCGAAGGUUAG